AUGCGCCCUUCCGCUCCCCUCCCUCUGCUGCUGUCCGUCUCCACGGCCGCCAACGCCAUCCCCCUCCUCGAUCGUCUGCUUCACCUCCGGGCUGAUGCGAAACCCACAAAGACAUACUUGGUGGUCAACGUCGAGGGAAGUCCCAGCACCGAUGCUCCUCAGGUCGUUACCGUCACCCAGUCUCCAGCCAAGACUACCGUGACGGAAAGGGUCACCGACACCGCCAUCAUCACCUCUCCGGCCGCUCACACAACCGAGACGGCCCAGACAACAUCAACUUCCACCUCACUCGUCGUCGUCAACGUCGACGCCACCACCGAUGGAGGGUCAACGACGACCAUCACCGUCUACCCAACUGUGACGCCUAGUUCCGAGUCAACCCCUCAAGUGCCUACGACGACUUCGACACCACCACCAUCAGCUCCUCCGCCGAGCUCUGCCGAGCCUAAGCCGUCUUCAUCGCUUUUGUCAGAAAACCCCACGUCUCAGCAACCCAUCAGCUCAUCCACUGCCAGCACGUCCGUCCCAUUGGUUUCUUUGGGCCCUUCGUCAAGCACAGCAUCCUCUUCGAUUCCUCCUGUCGUGGUGUCGCCUCCGUCGACAGAGACAUCAACCCCCCUGAGCACAUCGUCGUCACGACCCGCGAGCCCUUGGACAUCUGCGGUCGAGCAUCCGCCGCCUUUUUCGUCUUCAAUCGAGACUCAGGUGGUACCGAGCUCAUCCUCACUAGUGUCUGCCGUCACCUCCACUGCCAUCAUCCAACCCCCUCCAUCGACUGAGGUGCCGGGCUCAUCCUCCGCGGUCACCACUGCCAUCGUUCAGCCCCCUCCAUCGACAGAGAGUCCAGCAACUCAGGAAGUGCCGAGCUCAUCCUCUGCAGUCACCACUACCAUCAUCCCGCCCCCUCCAUUGACUGAGAGUCCAGCGAGUCUCAGUGCUCCCCACUCACCGUCUGCCGGUCCUUCCACGGUUGUGGCAGAGCCGCUGCCCUCAACGUGGAUAUCCGCAGCACCACCCGUAUCUUCCUCUAUUGCCGUCAACCUUCCCACGUCCGCGAUCGAGCCUCCUCAGUCGACAAGCAUCUGGGUGGUUCCAAGCGAGCCGGCAUCAUCAGUUCCAGUCGAGCCAUCCACGGCCAUCGUUGCGCCUCCCCCGCCAACGCCUACCGUUAUCUUGCCCACUUCCAACGCCGCUCCGCCCGCGGAGCCGUCAUCCACCUCCUCGGCAAACACUACUUCGUCUUCGACGUGGACCACGAGCUCGACAUCCACUCUGCUCACCAGCACCACGGAGGCUUACACCCAGGUUUAUGAGACCGCUCACCAGCCCACGUCUGUGUAUGGACCCAGCUCCAUUCCCCAGCCUUCGACGUUUGUUACCAGCGUCCUCCCUUUCACUUCGCCAUCCCCUGUCUCGACUUCUGCCCAGAGCUACGACGACGGAUACUGGCACACUAGCAAAUACCACGAGUGGACCGGCGCCGCCAGUGCGACGCCUCGCUACCGUCGGUGA